GCUCGCGUUAAUGUAAAUGAUCGGAAUGGCCUUCGAUACCGCUGUGAUACGCAAUCACCGGUGCCGACACCUUGUAUAGUCAUGUCCACCUCACAGUCUACACCGUCAUCGCCAACGGCCCAACGAGUAAAGUCUGUCUCUAGAGUACUCUCGUCUCCGUUGCGACCUACGUCUUCUCCAAGUCCUUCAACCUUGAUUCCGUCCAAUUCUCGCCGAUCCUCACUUGGUGUCGGACAAACGUCUGGCACAAAACCACCUACAGGGCCUGUUCCAAAGACACGCGCCAGAGAUCUCUUAAGGAAGCACUAUGGUCUCGGAGUAGGUCCACCAACGCCUUUGCCUGGGAGGUCAAACGAUCCCAUGGAUUUGGAUUCUACAACGUUUGAUGCAAAAUCAUAUUACGAACAACUCAUAACCACAUCAUCUCUGUCUGCUUUACUGAAGCGGGAGAACGACCUACUGACAGAAAUACGACAACUUGAUGGCGAGAGGCAGUCGCUGGUUUACAAUCACCAUCAUGAACUGAUUGCAGCCAGUGAUACCAUAGCCGCAAUGAAGACUCGAGCCGAGGGCUUGGAUGCAGACCUUGACCUGCUUAAGGCAGCGUUCUCAGAGAUAUCCCGGUUGGGCGCUAAAGUCUCCGUUGAGAAGCAUCCUUCCGAUAUCAAUCCCAACCAAUGACAUGCGCCCCGGCCGUUGAACAUGCGAACUCUGACCCGCAAAUCACCAAAGAUACAUGACAGCAAGAUAUGGAGCAUUUUAU